AUGCGGGUAAUCUUGAUACGUCAUGGAGAAACAGAUUUUAAUAAAAAUCACAGAUUACAAGGGAGCCUGGAUAUUCCAUUGAAUGAGAAGGGAAAGGAACAAUCUUUAAAGCUUUUAAAACGUCUUUCUACACUAGAAAUUGAUAAAAUUUUUUGUAGUAAUCUUAUACGGGCAAGAGAUACAAUUGAGCCAUUUUUAAAAAGCAAAGGGAAUAUAACAUGUGAAUAUUAUGAAGAACUUCAAGAAAAUUGUCUAGGAAAAUUAAAUGGAUUGACAUGGGAAGAAAUAAAUUUAAAAUUAAAAGAAGAAAAUAAAACAUUAGAUGAUUAUGGUGAAAAUAAAAAAAAAUUUAUAUCUAGAAUUAUGAAAUUUUGGAAAAAGAAAAUAAUACCCAUUCGAAAUGAAAUUUCGACGUUAAUUGUUAUAACACAUGGAGGAUAUAUUGUAACUCUCGUUUCACAUCUUGUUAAAUUAGGUUUUCUUGAUAUUCCUGAAGGUAUAAAAAUUAAUGGACCUCCCAAAAAUUGUUCUAUGUCAGUUAUUGAUAUUCGUGACGAAUUACUUUACGAUCUAUUAUCAUAUUCAGAUGAUAUACAUUUAUCAUCUUAA